UUGCCUCCAAUAACAUUAUUAUUUCACUUGUUUUCUGAUACAUGAGAAGAUUAUUUUCUUGUAUGGAUUAUCUGCCAUAAUUAGGAAUAUGUUCAUGGACACAUUUUCUGUUGAAGCCUGGGAGGGAUAAUGUUUUUCUUCCAGAAAGCCUUCUUUUUUCUAUUACUUGCAGGAUGUUGGCUUAUGAGCUCCAUUAAUUGCCAGCCAACCUAUAAUUACCACUAUUGUCUAGAUCAAUCUGAAGAAACCCCCAGCACCUCUUUCCAAUCAAACCUCUCAGUCCUGUUGGAUUCUUUAUCCUCUAAAGCUUCUCAAAACAAUAGCUUCUAUAACGAUACUUCUAAUGGCAUCUACGGCCUCUUCCUCUGCCGAGGUGACGUUAACAACAGUAUCUGCCAAAGUUGUGUCAGUUAUGCGACUCAAGAUAUCACAAGUCGGUGUCCAUCUAAUAGAACAGCCACCAUAGGGUUCGAUGAAUGCAUGUUAAGGUACUCCAAUACUAAUUUCUUUGGAGUGGAACAGACAUCACCAGAGCUGCUCGCGUGGAAUACUAUAGGGAAUACCACUUCACCUAAUGAAGCUAAUUUUGGAGCACUGGCUCUAAUGAACGGACUAAUAGAUGAAGCUUUAGGAACAGAUAUGUUGUUCAAGGCAGGAAACCGGCCUGUGGGUAAGGAGUCUGAGGUUAGGUAUGGGUUGGUGCAGUGUACUAGAGAUAUCAAUACUACUUCAUGCAGCAAUUGUUUGGGACAGUUGAUGAAUGACGCCAAUCAGUGUUGCCAACAGAAGCAAGGGUGGCGCAUUUUGGCCCCAAGCUGCAAUAUAAGGUAUGAGAACUACUUAUUCUUUCAGAAACCACCUGUGCCGCCAUCGCCCCAACCUGUGCCUGCAGCACCAAAGCCACCGCCCGAUAAUGGUAAGGCCCCUGCAUAA